CUAUUUACCGGAUUACCACCUUGAGCAAUCUAAAUUUGAAUCAUGAUAAGCGAUGUGAUGAUGCAGGAAAGGCUUUAGCUGAAGCUUUAUACGCAAAUCCUACCGUAGGAUAUUUGGAUUUGAAAGAUCGGCAAUUCGAUAUUUUGUCAA